UUCAGUCGCCAUGCGGUGUCUCCUCCCGAGCUUCCUCACCCUGACGGCGGCGCUGUGGGCGGGGCCUCUGGCUGCCCACGCCUCCACGCCCGCUCCCGCCUCGGACGCCCACGAUUUGAUUGUCAUUCUCCUGGAUGGGUUCAGGUGGGAUUACUUAGACAUCCACAAGAGAGGCGGUUUUCCAGGCUUCGAUAAAUUCGUGGAUGAGGGCGUUCGAGCAGAGUAUCUGAACCCAACGUACCCGCCAAAUUCCUUUCCAAAUUGGCACACCAUUGUUACAGGCCUAUACCCUGAAAGCCAUGGCAUCGUCGGUAAUUAUAUGUACGACGAAAUGCGAAAUGCCUCGUUUAACCUGGACCACCUGGAGACGACCUCAGACCCCCUCUGGUGGCAGGAUUCCGAACCACUCUGGAUCACGACCACGAAGUCUGGGGUGGACACGGCGCUCUUCCUGUGGUCAAGGUGCGACGUGCCUUGGGAAGGGAAGAUCCUGCCGAAGUACUGCGUUCCCUACGAGGACACGCCCCCAAACACCCAGCUCUUCGUUAAGAAUCUCAACCAGGCCGUCGACAUGAUACAGAACGAGGGAUACAAGAUGGCUAUGGUCUACGAUGGGGUGAUCGACACGCAAGGUCACGCUUACGGACCUACGUCUCCCGAAGUCACUGUGGCCCUCCGAGAUGUUGACCUCGGUCUGCAGGGCCUGUGGGAGGAUCUGGCCUCGAGGGACAUGCUCAACACGACGAACGUGGUGGUGCUCAGCGACCACGGCAUGACGGACGCCGGCCCGAGGGACAAGAUAAGGCUGGAUCUCGCCCCCUGCCUUGACUACGCGCAGGUUAUCAAGACCACAGAACAUGCCGGGUACAUCAACAUCCUCCCUACGAAAGGUUACACAGACCAGGUAGAGGAGUCGCUGAAGAACUGUCCGGACGUUUCUGAGAACAUCGAAGUAGUGAGGAAGGAGAAUAUGAAGGAACGUUACCACUACAAGGACCACAGACUCAUCCACGAAAUCAUUGUGUUGCCGAAACUGGGCUAUUACAUAAAAUCUCCGGAAACCAACUACUCCCUGCCAGAGCGAGAAGGAACAUCCGUGGGGCAGCAUGGCUUCGACCACACCCUCCAUCAGACGCCAGACAUGCGGGGGAUCCUGUUCGCUUGGGGCCCGUCCUUUGUCUCAGGGCACAAAGCCGGGAUUGUGGAACAAGUGGACGUGUAUGGCCUGCUGUGCCGCGCCCUCCAGCUGUCGUGCCACGCCUACAAUGGCACAAUGGAUCACGUGGAAGACUUUUUCGACUCGGGUUCCCCCUCCGGUGCCCCGUUCUCGUCCCAUCCCCCAGUCCUCACCUACCUCUUGGUCGGUGUUGCCUCAGUCGUUGCCAUAGCUGUGAGCGCCACCAGAGGGCUUGGUUGAGGAGGAUGUUGAAGGGGGAUGUUUGAGAGUGGGAUGUAAUCUUUGUGAAAUAAGGAAGAAUGGACAGCAACAGUGUCUAAAUGAGUGUAGUGGCGUAGCUGGACUUUUCGGAACC